GUGUGCAUACCUGUUUUGUGUGUAAAGAGAAAAAGGCAGAUGUGAAACGCUGUGUCGUAUCCCACUGUGGAAAAUUCUACCAUGAAGCUUGUGUGAAAAAAUUUCAUCUUACUGUGUUUGAGAACAGGGGGUUUCGAUGUCCUCUCCACAGCUGCCUAAGUUGUCAUGUUAGUAACCCCUCACAUCCACGAAUUUCAAAAGGAAAGAUGAUGCGUUGUGUUCGCUGUCCUGUUGCAUACCACGCUGGAGACGUUUGCAUUGCUGCGGGAUGUGCAGUCAUCGCUUCCAACAGCAUUGUUUGUACGAAUCAUUUCACUGCCAUGAAGGGAAAAAGUCAUCAUGCGCAUGUCAAUGUGAGCUGGUGCUUUGUAUGUUCAAAAGGAGGAAGCUUGUUGUGCUGCGAGUCAUGUCCUGCGGCAUUUCACCCAGACUGUUUAAACAUUGAAAUGCCGGAUGGGAGCUGGUACUGCAAUGACUGCAGGGCGGGGAAGAAGCUCCAUUUCCAGGAUAUUAUUUGGGUUAAGCUGGGAAAUUACAGAUGGUGGCCUGCAGAAGUUUGCCAUCCGAAAAACGUUCCCCCAAAUAUCCAGAAAAUGAAGCAUGAAAUUGGAGAAUUUCCUGUGUUUUUCUUUGGUUCUAAGGAUUACUAUUGGACGCACCAAGCACGGGUGUUUCCUUAUAUGGAGGGAGACAGAGGGAGUAGGUACCAAGGGAUCAAAGGAAUCGGAAAAGUCUUCAAAAAUGCUUUGCAAGAAGCUGAAGCUCGAUUUCGAGAAAUAAAGCUACAGCGAGAAGCCAAAGAAACCCAAGAAAGUGAACGUAAACCUCCACCGUACAAGCAUAUUAAGGUGAAUAAACCUUGUGGUAAAGUACAGAUAUAUACUGCUGACAUUUCUGAGAUUCCCAAGUGCAACUGCAAACCCACAGAUGAAAACCCUUGUGGCUUUGAUUCUGAAUGCCUGAAUCGGAUGCUGAUGUACGAGUGCCAUCCACAAGUUUGUCCAGCAGGAGAACGGUGCCAAAACCAGUGCUUUACAAAACGUCAAUACCCUGAGACAAAGAUCAUCAAAACCGACGGGAAAGGGUGGGGUCUGGUCGCUAAGAGGGACAUUAAAAAGGGAGAGUUUGUGAAUGAGUAUGUUGGUGAGCUGAUUGAUGAAGAGGAAUGCAUGGCAAGAAUCAAAUAUGCACAUGAAAAUGACAUUACUCAUUUCUAUAUGCUUACAAUUGAUAAGGACCGUAUUAUUGAUGCUGGCCCCAAAGGAAACUAUUCUCGGUUUAUGAAUCACAGCUGCCAACCAAAUUGUGAAACUCUAAAAUGGACAGUAAACGGAGACACUCGUGUCGGCCUGUUUGCUGUGUGCGAUAUUCCUGCAGGGACAGAGCUGACUUUUAAUUACAACCUUGACUGUCUGGGAAAUGAAAAAACAGUCUGCAAAUGUGGUGCCCCAAACUGCAGUGGAUUUCUUGGGGACAGACCAAAGAAUUCUUCCACUAAUGCCUCAGAAGAAAAAGGCAAAAAGACCAAAAAGAGAACACGAAGACGCAGAACGAAAAAUGAAGGAAAGAAAGAAUCCGAAGAUGAUUGUUUCCGCUGUGGUGAUGGAGGCCAGCUGGUAUUGUGCGACAGGAAAUCUUGUACUAAAGCUUAUCAUCUCUCCUGUCUUGGUUUGGUGAAACGUCCCUUUGGAAAGUGGGAGUGUCCUUGGCACCACUGUGAUGUUUGUGGCAAACCUUCUGUUUCUUUCUGCCACUUCUGCCCAAAUUCUUUCUGCAAGGAACACCAAGAUGGGACAGUACUAAAUUCUAUGUUGAAUGGACAGUUAUGCUGCUCUGAACACGUUCUCGGGGUGGAUUCUGUUGAAACUCAGAAGACUGAGAAACCCCGCAAAAAACUGAACAAGUUGAAGCCUAAGAGAAAGCAGAGGAACAGAUGGAUGAGAGCUGAAUGCAAAUAGUCAUGGACUGCAGUUUCUACUGCCAACACUAUCUUGUAGAUAAGUUGUGAAUAUGACCAGGGAAGGACACAAUUUUACAUAUAUUCUGUAAAGGUUACAUGGGGGGGGA